GCUCAAUCUAUUUUCCACUCCAAAACAACUUUAUCCCACUCUCUUUCUCUCUCAUUCCUUCUCUCCAAAUGCACAGGGUUUCAAUAAUUGAAGCAGCCACCGUGCUGUCGGUGUUGCUGCUAUGCGCCACCGUCCACACCGCCGCUGUAGUCUCCGACGGGUUGUUAUGGAAUGGAAAUUUCGAGCUUGGACCGAAACCUGCAGAUAUGAAAGGCACGGAGGUGCUAAAGCACGAUGCCAUCCCAGGGUGGACAAUCUUUGGAUUCGUUGAGUACAUCAAAUCAGGCCAAAAACAAGGGGACAUGUUGCUAGUUGUCCCCGAGGGAGCCUAUGCAGUUAGGCUAGGAAAUGAAGCAACAAUCGAGCAAACAAUAAACGUGACAAAAGGAAUGUAUUAUUCCAUCACGUUUAGUGCUGCUCGAACGUGUGCUCAAGAAGAGACACUAAAUGUGUCGGUAGCACCCGAUUUUGGGGUGCUACCGAUGCAAACAUUGUAUAGUAGUAGCGGAUGGGAUUCAUAUGCAUGGGCUUUUCAGGCUGAGUACAAUCAAGUUACUAUUAAGCUACAUAAUCCAGGAGUCGAGGAGGAUCCAGCAUGUGGCCCGCUUAUUGAUUCCAUUGCUAUCAAAGCUUUGUAUCCUCCUAAACCAUCAAAAGAUAAUAUAUUGAAAAACGGAGGAUUCGAAGAAGGCCCCUAUAUAUUCCCAAACACUACAUGGGGUGUGUUAGUACCACCAAACAUAGAAGAUGACCACUCUCCACUUCCGGCUUGGAUGGUUGAGUCACUAAAAGCGGUCAAGUACAUUGAUGCUAACCAUUUUUCAGUGCCACAAGGUCGACGGGCAGUCGAACUUGUAGCAGGUAAAGAGAGUGCAAUAGCCCAAGUGGCUAGAACAAUUGUUGGGAAGACGUAUCAACUUUUCUUUACAGUGGGAGAUGCUAACAAUGCGUGUGAAGGGUCUAUGGUUGUGGAGGCGUUUGCCAAUAGAGAAACCCUGAAAGUACCCUAUGAGUCAAAAGGUAAAGGAGGAUUUAAACGUGCAGUGCUUAAGUUUGUGGCAACUAGCACAAGAACUAGAAUCAUGUUUUAUAGUACUUUUUAUACUAUGAGAAGCGAUGAUUUUUCAUCGCUUUGUGGACCGGUCAUUGAUGAUGUUAAGCUUUUGAGUGUUCGGAACCCUCGUAGACUUGCUUGAAUGGGUUUGAAACAUAUGGUUGAUUUGGUUCCAAAUUGAAGUGUUUGGAAUACUUGGAAAAUAAUUAAGAGUGUUUUUUUAUUUAGUAAAGAAUAAACAAGUUCUUUUUUGGGUUUUUA